AAAAGAUACCAGUGUUAAGAUCAAAAUACCUCCUGUAGCUGAGGCUGGGUGGAAUUUGUAUAUUGUGAAUACGACCUCACCAAUGCAACUGUACAAAGAAAUGGUAGACUAUAGUAAUACCUACAAGACUGUAAAAACCCAGAGCUGCAUCCACCUUCUCAGCGAGGCUCAUCUGUUGGUGAGAGCUGCCCUGAUGGAUGCCAGUCAGCUGGAACCUGGGGAGAAAACAGAGCUUUUAGAAGCAUUUAAAGAAAGUUGUGGGCACCUUGGAGACUGUUACAGCAGGCUUGACACCCAGCAUUCCCACCUUGCUUUGCCUUACUAUAAGAUGUCUGGUUUGUCUAUGGCUGAAGUUUUGGCACGUGUGGACUGGACUGUAGAGGAUGGAUCACAGAAAUAUGAGAAGGGAUUAAUCUUCUAUAUCAAUCAUUCACUUUAUGAAGACCUGGAUGAAGAAUUAAGUGAAGAGUUAGCAGCAAAAGUGGUUCAGAUGUUUCAUGUGGCUGAGCCGAAGCAACUGCCCCAUAUUCUCUGUAGUCCUUCUAUGAAGAAUAUUAAUCCUUUAACUGCCAUGAGCUAUCUAAGGAAGCUGGAUAGUUCUGGGUUUUCAUCGAUUUUAGUGACGUUGACCAAGGCAACAGUGGCUCUUAAAAUGGGAGAUCUUGACAUGUACAGAAAUGAAAUGAAAAGCCAUCCAGAGAUGAAGUUGGUGUGUGGCUUCAUUCUGGAACCUCGGCUAUUGAUUCAACGGAGGAAGGGACAGGUUGUUCCAACUGAGCUUGCAAUUUACUUGAAAGAGACUCAAUCUGGAUUGCUUGUGGCUUCAGUCCUGGGCUUGCAGAAGAACAACAAAAUUGGAAUUGAAGAAGCAGAUUCCUUCUUUAAGGUGCUCUGUGGUAAGGAUGAAGAUGUGAUUCCUCAGCUCUUGGUAGACUUUUGGGAAGCUCAGCUAGUGGCAUGUCUCCCAGAUGUGGUAAUUCAGGAGCUCUUUUUCAAGCUCACAUCCCAAUACAUCCGGAGGUUAUCUAAGAGGCAGCCUCCUGAUACCACACCAUUGCGAACGUCAGAGGAUCUGAUAAACUCCUGUAGUCAUUAUGGCUUAAUUUACCCAUGGGUUCAUGUCUUAAUAUCGUCUGAUUCCUCAGCUGAUAAAAACUACACAGAAGACCUUUCAAAAUUACAGUCUCUUGUAUGUGGUCCUUCAUUUGACAUAGCUUGCAUUAUUCCGUUCUUGGAGCCACUCUCAGAAGACACUAUUGCUGGCCUCAGUGUUCAUGUUCUGUGUCAUACGCGCUUGAAAGAGUAUGAACAGUGCAUAGACACACUGUUAGAGAGAUGCCCAGAGGCAGUCAUUCCAUACGCUAAUCACGAACUGAAAGAAGAGAACCGGACUCUGUGGUGGAAAAAACUGCUGCCUGAACUUUGUCAGAGAAUAAAAUGUGGUGGAGAGAAAUACCGACUUUACCUCUCAUCAUUAAAAGAAACAUUGUCAAUUGUUGCCAUGGAACUAGAACUGAGGGAUUUCCUGAAUGUUCUCCCAGGAGAUGGCACUGCAGCAUUUUUCUUGCCAUAUCUUCUUCACUGCAGCCGAAAGAAAUCAGUGACUUGAAGAAUAUAAAAAAUCUUCAAGAUAUAAGAAUUCCUAAAAGAAGCCAUAUAUUUUUAAAGAUGGAGACUAAAUUUUAUUCCAAGGGACAGCAUCAAUUCACUGUUGGAGACAUGACAAUCUUCAUCGUCUCAAGAGCACUUUAAGGAAACAUUUUACAAGUAUGCUUGACAGAAUGUCACUCUGAAAGUGGUUCAGAAGUUUUUCUUGAUAUUUCCAGAUUUCUCUAUUGGGUCACUUUUUAAAAAAUAAUUGCCUUUGACAGAGAGGUUAAUGUUUUGCCACUGUGAAAGAUUUCAAACUUUAUUUUCUUGUUAAUUUUAAAAUUUAUGCUAUGUUUCUCUUUGAAUCAAAUGGAGUUAGAAGUUUGCAAAACUAACUUUCUUCUUGUCUGGCUAUUAUCGCGAUUUGUUGAAUGCAUGUUUUUUUCAGCCAAAGCCUUGUUUUCAUUUUUUUAUUGAUGUAUACUCUUGCUCUUUUAGCUAGAGCAUAUAUGAAAAUAAAGAAAUAUAUCAUUGUAUUCACAA